AUGAAAUUAAUUAUUUUUAUUAUUUUUAUAUAUUUAUUUAUUAUUCCUAUUUUUUCUCAACCAAACCCAAAAAGUUUUUUAAAUACAGAUACAACAAUUACAUUUGAAUGGAAUUUAAAUGAUAAUAAUUAUUAUACAAAAUGGAUAAUUAUUAGACCCAAUGAUGCAAAAUUAGAAAUGCCAUUUAAUUGUGUAAAAGGCGAAACAUCAUUAAAGUGUGUUUAUACUAAUUCCGACUCAACAGUUAAUCAAUUAUAUGGUAAAAAUGUAACAGCAUGUAUUAAUAGUUUAGGAGGUAAUUGUGAUACCCCAUUAAGUCCACUUCAUUAUCCAACACCAAUUUUAAAAUCACCAAUUCCAGAAAUACCAGUUGAUGGUGGUGAAGUUGUUAUAACUGGUUCAUUUUUAAAAUUUGUAGAAUCACCAAACUACUAUGAAAUUGUUGGAACUGAAAAUAAAAUUACAUUUAUUGAUGAUUUAACUAAACAAGAAUUCAAUCCAACAAAUGUAACAUUAAGAUUCCCAAGUGGUUGUGGUUUAAAUAAAUCCCUAUUAUUACCAAAUGACCAAAAAAUUCCAUUUAAUUAUAAAAAAUCAAAUAUUACAAGUUCAUCAUUAAUUAGUGAUAAUGUUGUUGAAUUAAUUGGUACAAAUUUUUGUAAAGACCAAAGUAUCUCAUUUGAUGGUAAAUUAAUACCAUCAAGUGAUGUGAAAAUAUUAAGUUCUACUAAAUUGCAAUUUAAUAUAGUUCAAGAAUAUUCAUCAACUGGUACACCAAUUACUAUUGGUGAUAGUGAAGUUAAAUUGGUAUUCCCACCAAUUGUUAAUUCAUAUGAUCCAUUUUGUGGGUUGGAUGGUAUUGUUGUAAUUCAUGGUAAAAGAUUAAAAUCAAAUAAUCCAAAUUCUGAGAUAACUGUUAAAGUUGAAAAUACCAAUUGUAACGUUUUAAGCGGUGCUAGUAAUACAACCUAUUUACAAUGCCAUAUUGAGUCUGGUUAUGAUAAGAAUUUAAUUGUUAGAAUUGAUAAUAUUGCAAGUCAACCUAUAAUGUUUUAUUAUGAACAACCAAUAAUUUAUAAAACUACAAUCGUUGAAAAUACUGUAAAUAUCGAUGGUUUUUGUUUAUCGAAAAUUAACGAUAUCCAAGUUGAUGGUACUACUAAAAAUAAUAAAACCAAACCUUUAUCAACCUCUGAUUCAAAGGUGACUUUUAAUUUGGAUCCUCAAUACUAUGGUGAAACUUUUAUUACAAUUUCAAAUGAAAAAUAUACUGCCACUACAAAUGUUACUGCAAAAUUGUUUGCUAAAGUAUCAGAAAAUCCAAAAGCUGGUGAUAAAGGAAUACUACUUGAUAUUUACUAUAAUGAUCCUCAAGGUACAUUAAAAUGUAAUGAUAAAUCAAAACUAACAGGAAGUGAAGUUAAAGACUAUACAUUUGAAAUUAAUCCAAUUUGUGGUACUAUAAAUUUAACACUUACUGAUGGUACCAAUGAAUUUACUUUUCAAGCUACUUCAAUGCCUGGAUCAAUAGAUAAGUGUGAACUUCUCUCAAAUGGUGAAACUAGGUGUAAUGGUAGUUAUCUUGUACCUGAUGAAUUUACAUCACCCGUUGGAACUGUAAAAUUUGCAGGUAAAAAUGUAAAAACAACAUUUUUGAAUUCAACAAUAUUCACCUUUACUACAUUGGAUGAUAUGUAUGCUGGAGAUUUAUAUUUAGAUUCAUGUGUAAUUUCCAAAAAAACAGAAUAUAAAUUAGAACCUGUGAUUUUAUCAUAUGAUGCAAACGGAUUUUCAAAAACUGGUGGUGUUGCCAGUUUUACUGGAAAAUAUUUUGUAUUGAAUUCAAAUCAUAUGAAAAUUCAAAAUUGUGGUAAUAAUCAAACUAGUCAAUGUACUGUAACUUCACAUACGAUUAUAGAUUGUCCAAUUUCAAUUGAUGGUCCAAGAGAUAGGACUUGUUAUUUAACUAAAGAUGAUAAUUCUUCAAUUCUAAUUGGUGAUCAAAAAGAUGGUUCAUUUAUUAUUUCAUUUGGUGAACCAAUACCAAUUGCAUCGACAUCUUUAGGAAUAGAAGGUGGAUCGUUAAUUAUCUUUGGUAAAAACUUUUAUAAUACUACUGAUUAUCCAUUACUAGUAUCAGUUGGUAAUGUAACUUGUAAUAAUCCAAUACUAGUUGAUGAAUCAAAUAUUCAUUGUACACUUGCACCAAAUUCAAAUACAAACUUAUUUGGUACCAUUUUCGAUAAUCUACAAGAUGUUAAUGUAACAUUGGCUGGUAGAAGUGGUGUUGGUAAAAUAUUUUCUUAUUCUAGAAAUUUAAUCGCAACAACAACAAAUGAUAAUAGUUUUAAUUCAAUGUAUAUAAUAACUGCAAUUGUUAUUUUAAUUGGUUUAAUUGUUGCUUAUCUUCAAUUUACUUAUUAUUAUAAAAAAAAUAGAAAAGAUUUUAUUUCAAAUUAUAAAAUAAUUAGAAAACAAUGUAAAAAACAACAACACUAUGUUCGUCCACAUUUACAAAUGACUGAAAAAAGAUCUCAAAGUUUUGCAAAUUAUUAA